AUGGGCAUAAAGUGUAUUCACAAUCACAGCUAUAUAUGCUUUUUCUUGCCCCCUUUGGUUUCCAUUCCUCGAUUGAGCUUCCGAAGUAAAGCAUUAGGAGGUGAUGGAUUACCAGGAACGAAAGACACCUCUCUUGUGGUUUGCUUUGGGGAAAUGCUAAUUGACUUUGUCCCAACCACUAGUGGACUUUCAUUGGCUGAUGCACCAGCAUUUAAAAAGGCUCCAGGUGGUGCACCUGCUAAUGUUGCUGUCGGUAUUGCUCGUCUUGGUGGUUCAUCGGCAUUUAUAGGGAAGGUUGGUGAAGAUGAGUUUGGAUACAUGCUUGCUGAAAUAUUGAAGGAGAAUAAUGUGAACAGUGAAGGGAUGCGUUUUGAUCCUGGUGCACGGACUGCUUUAGCAUUUGUUACAUUAAGAAGUGAUGGGGAACGUGAAUUCAUGUUUUACCGUAAUCCUAGUGCAGAUAUGUUGCUUCAAGAAGCUGAACUUGAUUUAGAUUUGAUUAGAAAGGCAAAAAUCUUUCAUUAUGGCUCUAUAAGUCUUAUAACAGAGCCAUGCAAGUCAGCUCACAUUGCAGCAGCAAAAGCUGCUAAGGAUGCAGGUGUCGUUCUGUCCUACGAUCCUAACCUGAGGCUUCCACUAUGGCCUUCUGCAGAUAGUGCCAGAGAAGGGAUUCUGAGCAUUUGGGACUCUGCUGAUAUUAUCAAGAUAAGUGAAGAAGAGAUAUCUUUCUUGACUAAAGGACAAGAUCCAUAUGAUGAUGAUGUUGUUCGUAAGCUAUACCAUCCAAAUCUUAAAUUGCUUCUUGUCACCGAGGGACCAGAGGGCUGUAGGUAUUACACCAAAGAGUUCAGUGGCAGAGUGAAGGGUUUAAAGGUGGAUGCUGUGGACACCACCGGUGCUGGGGAUGCUUUUGUUGCUGGAAUAUUGUCACAACUAGCUAAGGAUCUCUCCUUGCUCCAGUGUACUUCAUCUUGUAACUUUAUAAAGCACUUUCCGCCUGACCGAAUUCUUUCAAUCUUUAAGAAUGAGGACGGAUUGAGAGAAGCUCUCAAGUUUGCCAAUGCCUGUGGGGCAUUGACCGUGAAGGAGAGAGGUGCGAUUCCAGCUUUGCCGACUAGAGAAUCUGUGCUCAGUGCCAUCCUUCAUUCUGUUGGAUAG